ACCCCUGGAAGAAAAAAAGGAAAAAAAAAAAAACAUAUUAACGAUUCGACACGAUGUACACAUAUGUAUAAUUAUAGGAUUGAAUCGAUCGAGAGACUAAACAGAUAAAUAAAUCGGCGACAACAAAGGAUAAAUAUAAAAUCCAUCGAUUAAUGUUAACGAAGAAGAAUAUUUGAAUUAUAAGGAACGAAUAUGCAGGACAACGAUCAUACCUCGGAUGCGGUGCUACUCAACACAUUUGUUAUACGUAAAAAAAGGUGCAAGGUUUACUUUCAUCGUGGUACGCUCAUAUGGGAAACAGAACGAGCUCCGUACACGCGUUGGACUUUGCCUCUGACCGACGUAUUGGCCGCCCAUUACGGUAACGGAGAAGAUGAAGAAAUAUCAAUGGGAAAUGUGGAUGAAAAAGUAUUUUCACCGACAAGUUUUACCAUACAUUACGCCGCCCGGGGUGCGAAAAACAAAUGGAGUCAUCACACCGUCACCAUGAGUCACACAGAUUCCAGGCAAGUCGGAUCUUGGGUGAAAACGAUUCGUAAUUAUUUAACAGGCCUGACGAACCGUCCCAGGAAGAUAAUGUUCUUCGUCAAUCCUUUCGGCGGUAAAAAGAGGGGUUUGAAAAUCUGGGAGAAGGAAGUUCAACCGCUUUUGACGUUGGCCGGUAUAGAAACUAGAUCGAUGGUAACGGAGAGGGCUGGACACAUCAGAGACACCCUGCUGGCCUGUAAUUUGGACGACGUCCAGGCCGUGGCUUGCGUCGGUGGCGACGGAACCUUUGCGGAAGUAUUCAACGGCCUGGUGAUGCGAACCGUCAAAGACAAGGACAUAGAUCCGAACGACCCGGAGAUCAUCUUACCUCCCCCGAAAUUACCGGUCGGCGUUAUUCCCAGCGGUAGCACGGACACCGUUGCCUACAGUUUGCACGGUACGAUCGACGUACAGACGGCGGUUUUACAUAUCAUUUUCGGUGACACCAUAGGCCUCGAUUUGUCGUCGGUCCACAGCGAAGAAUCGCUGCUACGGUUGUACGCCAGCAUGCUCAGUUACGGUUAUCUCGGCGACGUGAUAAAAGACAGCGAGAAAUUCAGGUGGAUGGGACCUCAGAGGUACGAUUACUCAGGUUUUAAAAAAAUAAUCGCCAACAAGGGCUACGAGGGAGAGAUAAAGCUGUUGUCGGAUCCUUGUCAUCCGGCCUCGAGCACGAAGUGCACGGAAAAUUGCACGAGGUGCAUAGAACACACGAGAAACAACGACUGCGACAAGGAGAUAGCCAGGUGGCUGACUGUACGGGGUAAAUUUUUUAUGGUUAACGGCGCCAACGUGUCCUGCGCUUGCGACAGGAGCCCCAUGGGUUUCAGUCCUCAUUGUCACGUGGGCGACGGUUGCGUCGAUUUGAUAUUGAUACGUCACACGUCGUUUUUCAAUAAUAUCAGGGUACUUUUGAGGCUGAGUAGCAAGAAUAAGAAUUUGUACGACCUGCCGUUCGUCGAAGUCUACAGAGCCAGGGAAUUCACAUUCCAACCCCUUCCGUCUGUGAUAAAUAUUCCAUCCGAUACCGCGGAUCAGAUAAAUCGGAGUAACGGAUCGGCCAGAUCGUCACUGCCCCGAGGUAACAGCGUCUGGAAUUGCGACGGUGAAGUUAUAGGGGAUUCGAGAGUGAAAAUCAGGGUACAUUGCCAGUUACUGAAAGUUUACACGAGGCGAUCUCAGGACAUGAUAGAAGAUACGUCAUGUUUUUGCUGAAUUAUUCCCAGUAUUUCCAGUAUUUUACCAAGCAACAAUAACAACAAAAAAAAAAAACAACAAGUACAUGCAACUUCAAUUUUCGUUUUUCGCAUGGAAACUUGCGAUAUCCGUAUAUACAUAUUAACGAAAUGAAAAAAAAAUAGCAAUUAAAUAUUGUCUCAUGGACAUCGAAAGAAAAAAGACGACACAAAAAAAAAAAAAAAAACGAAAUAAUCAUUUAGUUCCUUCGACUUGCCCACAUGCAGAUAUUAGAAUAACAUGUAUCUAUUGUUUUCUUAUUUCGAAAUAUUUUCAAAACGUGAUCAUUUAUCUUGUGUUCUAUGUUUUUUUUUUUUUUUCUUUUUCUUUUGGCGAUUUUUCUACGUUAACGAUAAAAAAAAAAAAAAAAAAAAAAUUCCGCGCGAAUCGCGUUAAUCGGACGUGUGAUCAUUAUAUUCCUAUAAUUAUGAGGUGAUACAUGUAUGCAAUAUUAAUAUUUUUCGCAACGAUAGCAUAUAUAUAUAAAAAGGAAAAAAACAUUUUUUAAAAUAAACGAAACGUAAAACCGCUUAAUAAAUUUUACUUAGUUAGAUUUUAAAUACUCUGAAGUGAUAAUUAUGAAAAUUUAAUUUAAACAAAUGGUGAUGAAAAGUUUACAUGAUUUUUUAUUUUAUUUUUUUUUCGUUUUAUAAUUCUGCCUGUUAUUUGAUACGGUAACGCACGUGACCUAUGGUAUCAAAUUGUAUGAUACCACCUGCCUUACACGUUAAAGGGAAAAAAGAGAAAAAAAUUAAUCAGUAUACGUUGACCGUUCUUAUUAUUGUUAUAAUUUUAAUUAUUAUUAUUAUUGUUGUUGUUAUUUUAUUAAUGUCAUUAAGAAAUGAGGAAAAAAAAAUUCUCGAAAAAAAUCUGUACUUGAAAUUUUGGUAUUCUUUGCGCGAUUUCCGUUUAUGAUCGUUCUCCUUUUUUUUUUUUCUGAAAUCGAAAAUAUCAAUUUCAUUCCACUACAGUUAAUGUAGGCCUAGGUGUGCAAAAAAAACUUAUCGAAAGAUAAAGAAAUAAAAUAAAUUAAUGAAUAGAUGAAAAUAAAACAAAUUCAAUGAAUGAAUAAUUUUUAGACGCUCGCGAUCAUAUGACCUAACGGACGCUUCAAUAAUAAUUAGUAUCUAAAAUAUUUGACUAUUUUAUUUUUGUCAUUUGAAUGAUUAAUUUAUAUCAACUAAUCGAUAGUGUGAUGAUGAUGCGAUGUCGAUAAAAUAAAUAAUAAUGAUAUUAACAAUAAUAUAAUAUAAAAUAGAUAAUUUAAUCAUUCAUAAUAUAUUAUAAUAGGUGGAUCGAAUUGGAUGCAUUUGAAAUGGGAUUAAGUUUUUGAUUGUUUUCCUUAAGUUUCAGUUUUUUGUUCUUUCAAACUUUAAUUUAUUGUGACUAAUUAAUGAUUUUAUACUUGAUCAGAUCGAUUCGACAAUAUUAUUGUAAUCUUCAAUUAUCAUUACUAUUAUACUGCAAUCAAUUAAGUUUGAAAAAGAAAUCGAUGAUAUACAGGGUGAUUUUAAAGGGAUUGAUGUAAUAAGACUAUACAAUACGCGAAUGAAAUUAUCUAAUUAUAAAAAAAAAAAACAAAAAAAAAUCCCUCACGAGUGAAAAUUAAUAAGUAUCUAAUGAUACGCGAUAUAAUAUCCUAUAUAAUGUACAUCUAAAAUAUAUCUAUAUUUUAAUAUUUAACUUGUUUUGAUAUAAAUUCAAAUAAUCGAGCUGUGCAAUUGCAACGUAAAUAUAUCGUUGCGAUUAUAAAUUCUUUUCAAUUUUUUUUUUUUUUCUUUCCUUUUAUAAAAUCAUAAUCCAAACGUCGAUUUUGAUUCGUACACUAUAUACUUUCUUUUAUCACCUCUCUAUCUACCCGUCAGCUUUUUGGAGCGAACAAAUUAUUCAAACACCAGGCUAUAAAAUUUUUUAAAAACGAUUCUAAUUUUUAUUUUACUAUAGGCAUAAACGCGAACAUAUCAAUCAUAUACCCACAUACGUAUAUCUAUAAUAAUACAUGCAUAAAAACGCUUGAAAGAGAAGAACAUAAGAAAAUUCUGUCAUAAUAUUCGUAAUUAAUUAAUGGAUUCUGAUUAUUAUUAUCAUUGUCAUUGCUGUGAUUAAAUAUUCAAGCCUACAUAGAACAAUGAAUCAUAAUAGUCAAGCGGCAAACAAAAAGCAUGAAAUAAUAAAACGGCAAGAAAAAAAAAAGUAUACAUAGAGAAAUAUAGAAGAAAAUUAAACGGUGCACGUGUAGGUAUAUCAUAACUGUAAUAAAUAGUGUAGAUACAAUCGGUGAUAGGAAAAUGAAAGAAAGAAA